AUGACUCAAAGGUUGGAGGCGGUAGGGGUACAGAAUGCAGACAAUAAAUAUGAGUGGGAUGAUGGAUCCGACCAUGAUGAUGUGACUAAGAUAUAUGUGCGAGGUGGUAAUCUAGGAAUAGUGUUCAUCAAGUUUGACUAUGUCAAGGCUGGACAACCAAAAAGAUCAUUUCAUGGUUUCUCGGAGACAGGUUUCACACAGAUCUUUGAGAUUAACCAUCUAAAAAAUGAAUAUCUAGAAUCUGUUGAGGUUUAUUACAAAGACUAUAUGCAUGGGAUCCAAUCACUUCAGUUCAAAACCAAUUUAAGGAUCUCUGAGAGGAUAGGAUAUACAAAUGGUAAAAAGUAUACACUAGCAGUCGAUGGGAAAAAAAUCAUUGGGUUUCACGGAUUUGCUGAGUAUAACCUCCAUGCUCUUGGAGCGCACUUCACAAAGAUUCUCCCUACGAGAUUGGAACCAAAAGGGGGCAAGGGGGGUAAUGAGUGGGAUGAUGGAGCUGACCAUGAGGGUGUAACAAAGGUUCAUGUACGAUGUGAUGAGGAAGGCAUACGAAACCUUGGAUUCGAUUAUGUUAACAAGGAUGGACAUAUACAAGAAGGAGAAUGCCAUGGCUCGGAUAAUGGUUACAUGCUAGAGCCGUUUUCGAUUAACCAUCUCGACAAGGAAUACCUUUUAUCAGUGGAUGGUUGGUACGACGAGACUUCCGGUGUGAUUGAAACCCUUCGAUUCAAAACAAACAUGAAGAUUUCGAAACUGAUGGGAAACAAGGAAACCGGUACUAAGUUUUCACUUGGGUGCAACGGCAUGAAGAUCAUAGGGUUUCAUGGAUUUGCUAAGGAGAACAUAAACUCGCUCGGAGCUUCUUUCAAAACGCUUCCACUUACAAAGUUGGAGCACAAAGGUAAAACCAAUGGAUACGAUUGGGAUGAUGGUGCUUUCCGAGGAGUAAGGAAGGUGUCCGUUCAUUAUGAUGCUUAUAUAAGGUGUAUUAGCUUCGAGUACGAUAACGAAGGCUUAGUGGAAGUCCUUGAGCACGGAUCGAAGGUUGAAGUCACUGGAAAAGACGUAGAGUUUGUGCUGGAAUAUCCAAAUGAAUAUGUCACGUCCAUAAAAGGGAAAUACGCAAAGCUUAGUGAUGUCACGAUGAUUGCAUCGUUGACUAUCGAAACAUCAAAAAGGAGGACCUCUCUGACAAUGGGAAAUCAUGUGGUUGGGGACAAUCUUGUUGAUUUCGUGCUCGAGAGCAAAGGUUGUGCUCUUGUUGGGUUCUAUGGAUCGUGUAAAUUUGCUGCUCACUAUUCUCUUGGUGCAUAUUCUCGUCCGAUGCCUUAUCUUCAAGAUGCGGAGAAACUAGAAGCAGAAGGCGGUGAGGAAGAAGCUUCCUCGGACAAUGGUGGUGUCGAUGGUGGUUGA